AAUACAGGAAAUACAUGGAAUGAAAAUUGUUUCAGGAUAUAAAAGGGGUUUGAACUUGAAUUUUGAAGUGUGUAUCCCAGCAUAUUUUGGAGGAAUUAUCAAUCAGUUCACAGUAUUUCCGAUGGCAGUCAGCUACCAGACUAGAAAACGAGAUGAACAGGAGAUGCGGCGUCGAUUGGAAGAAGAGUUCAGCUCCUUGGAUAACGCUGAAGCUUUAAACAAAUGUGUAACCAUUAUCGACAAUGGAGUUGAAGAAGGUAAGAAACGCGGCUUAAUAGACUUUGAUAACGUCCGUGAAAACAUCCUGAACCUAUCAGAACUUUCUUCACCAGUCCGAAUUAUGGAUUUUGGGGGAGGUACAGGAACUCCAAUGUCAGCCAUUUGUAAAAGGCUUAGAGACCUCAACAAGAAUGCCAUCGUCAGCGUGGAAGAACCUCAUAAAGAGUCCCUGCAGAAAUACAAGAAAUGCAUUGAGAAAUUGGAGAAUGCUACUUUGGAUGUGGCCUACCUGGACGAUUCCAGGAUUAUAUCGGGAAGUCUGUGGAAGAUCUGA